GCCACAAUACCCAUCGCCAGUCACUAACAAUGGACGUCCUUCUGUCCCUCCCAAUAAUAUCCUACCUCCUCUCCCCCGCCUCAGCAUCAUGGUCCACAUCCCUCAACAUCUUCUUCUUCUACGUCCAGUGGACGACGUUCGUCCUAACCCACACGCCCUUCCGCGUGCGCCUCAUCGGCUCCCUCGCAACGCGCAUAAUUCUAUUUCUCAUACCGUCGCUGGUAUCAUUACUCUUUGACACGGGUGUGCCAAGCAUCGCUGAGUCGAUCAAAUUUGGCGGCCGUGCUUCGCUUGCCCCGCGGAAUGCGCGCUUGCUUACGCGACAGUUGGGUCUCGUGUUGGUGAACCUUUUGUGCGUGACGUUGCUGGAGGGCGCGUCGCAUUUGGCGUUUAGAUAUGUCGUUGGUGAGAAUGAUUUCAACCCGACGGCGUUACUGCCUUUGCCGUGGCAGUUGGCGAAACAUUUGGUGCUUAUGAUGACGGGGCGUGAGGUGUUGACUUAUUACAUUCAUCGCAAUCUUCUUCACUCCAGCGGCGCAAUUGGAAGACUUCACAAACGCUUCAGUCACGCACGAUCAGCAGCGCCGUACAGUCUUCUCGUAUUUGCAGAUCACCCAAUCCCCUUUCUUCUCCAUCAUUUCUUCCCAAUGUACCUCCCAGCCAUCGCCCUGCGCCCUCACAUGGUGACGUAUUUCCUCUUCCUUGCGCUCUGCACGGUUGAAGAGACAAUCACCACGUCAGGGUACAGUGUCGUCCCUGGCAUAAUCAUGGGUGGAAUGACGCGUCGCAGAGCGAUUCAUUACGCGAGCGGAGGCGAUUGCAAUUUCGGUGCCUGGGGAGUUCUGGACUGGGCGAACGAUACGGGAAGGGGGAGGGAUGUACUCGAUGAUGUGAGGGCUGAGGCGGAGAAACACAACGUCAAGGAGAGGUCGGCGGAUAAGUUGGAUAGCGGUGUGAGUGCUCUUCAGGGAGGGAUUGACAAAUUGACGAAUGGAGAUGAUGGCGGUAAGAGGAGGAGUUCGCGAUUGCGAUCAAAACGCGCCGGCAAUUGA